AUGGGGGAACCAAUAGACACCAGCAAUCCAGUUUACUUUUGGAAACCAGAAGGGGAGACUGGAUACUUGGGACAGUGGUGGCCAUCAUCAUUCAGCGAUGAAGGGAACUUCACAUACGCAAAUGCAGAACAAUAUAUGAUGCAUCGAAAAGCGCUCCUCUUUGCUGGUCCAGACCACCCCGUCACUCAAGAGAUUCAAAAAGGUUGGAAACUGCAUCCAGGGCUCCUUCGAGAGCUAGGCCGAAAGAUCCCAAAUUUCUCAGAUGAUGAGUGGGAAAAGCAUCGAUUGGAAAUUGUUAAGGAAGGCAGUUAUCUCAAAUUUUCACAGAACAAAUAUCUCCGAGAGAAGCUGCUUGCAACUGGCGAUCGAGAAUUGGUUGAGGCCAGUCCGAGGGAUUGUAUUUGGGGUAUUGGAUUUGGCGCUGCAAAUGCAGGCGCCAGUCGAGAUAAUUGGGGCUUGAAUUUACUGGGUAAAGCACUCAUGCAUACAAGGGAGAGGUUAAAAAAAGAGGAACCAUGA